UAUUUCCUGGGGAUCCCUUCCUCCCUUCCUCUCCCCUCCCCCCCCGCGCCCCCAUUCCGGCCCGAGCUGGGGGGGGGGCCGGGCGCCGGGGGCAGAGUCCGGCCCGAGCCCGCCUGGCCCCAUGGACAGCUCGGCCGUCAUCACUCAGAUUAGCAAGGAAGAGGCGCGGAGCCCGCUGCGGGGCAAAGGUGAACAGCCUUCGAAGAAACCCCGGAACCGAGGAAUCUUACAAUCUCUGUUUUGCUGCCUGUGUCAUGAUGAUGCUGAGCCCGUGCCCAUUAACAAUAACGCCCCCCUGCUGGUGGAGGAAAAUGGGACAGUCCCCAAGGCACCGGCUAAAUAUCUGCUUCCUGAGGUCAAAGCCCAGGACUUGGGCAAAAUCUGUGUGGUCAUCGACCUGGAUGAGACCUUGGUGCACAGUUCCUUUAAGCCCGUGAACAAUGCAGACUUCAUCAUCCCUGUGGAGAUUGAUGGAAUGGUUCACCAGGUCUAUGUGCUGAAGCGGCCCCACGUGGAUGAGUUCCUGCAGCGGAUGGGGGAGUUGUUUGAGUGUGUGCUCUUCACUGCCAGCCUGGCCAAGUAUGCAGACCCCGUCGCUGACCUGUUGGACAAGUGGGGGUCUUUUCGGGCCCGGCUCUUCCGAGAGUCCUGUGUCUUCCACCGAGGAAACUACGUCAAAGACCUGAGCCGCCUGGGCCGGGACCUUCGGAGGGUGCUCAUUUUGGACAACUCUCCCGCGUCCUAUGUCUUUCACCCAGACAAUGCUGUACCUGUGGCCUCUUGGUUCGACAACAUGGGCGACACAGAACUCCAGGACCUCCUUCCUUUCUUUGAACGGCUCAGCCGUGUUGAUGACGUCUACUCGGUGCUCAAACAACAGAGGACUGAGAGCUAGUGAGGGGGGGGGCCGGUGCCCCUUCUGCUCUCCCGGCUCCGGGCCCCUGCUUGUCACAGAGCUAGGUCUGGCCAGGCACUCGCCGUCCCCGAGCCCCGGCUCAGCGUUGUGGAAGCCGACCCUCCCUCUGCACACUUGAACUUCCAGUCACCUCUUCCUUUUUUAUUUUGUCUGUUUUUAAAGAAACAAAUCAAUUUUUAAAUCCAGUGCCACGGGGAAGGACUCUCUCCCCUUACACUGCCACCAGCCAGCCCAGCCCACCUCACCAGACCCAGAAUGGAAGGAGCGGAUGGGGGUGAUCAGAGAGACAAAGGGGCAGCGAGCUCGAAGAUGCUCUCCGGCCUCACUCCCUCUGUCUGACUGUCUCCACAAUGGCCGGGUCCUUUAGUACCAAGCCCCAGUGCCUUAGAUCCCUCCUGCCCCAGAAAUGGGGCCUUAGAGGGACUUCCUCCAAACCUUUCGCUCCUCUUCGCUCUCUUCCAGUGCUGCUGAGUUUCUCUGCUGCCAAAUUUUGGGACCCUUAAUAGGAAGGGGGAGAAGGGAAAAGAAGGGGACGAUUGUCAGUGUUUCAGCUUUGUGACCCAGUGCCUCAGCCCCCUACACUGCCACUCUCACCUGACCCCAGCCUGCCCUUCUGUCUGGGCAAGGUUGGAUGCCAAGUGCCUUGUUCCAAGCCCUUUCUCCCCAGACUCUGGGGGGUGGUAAGGAAAAAUAUAGGAGAUGUCCCCAAAGCAGAUUUCUCCCUAAAAACAGUCCGUUUGAGAAGGAUGGGGGAAGGGAUUUGACUCUCUAUCCCCUCAGGGCCAGAUCCCUCUAAAAUGGAUUCUUCUUUCCUCUUUCAAUUAGUGCCUCUUAAAGGGGGGAGGGUGACUUUUACAGAUGGGGAGACGGAGGCAAGUCAAAGAAGGACCUGCUGCCCUAGGCUUGUGUAGGGCCCAGGAAUCUGCCCCGACCCCCAGGAUCUGCAGGAGGAGGCGAGCGUGGGAAUCCCCUCAGUAAUGGAAAUUCUCAGGCUUGGGAGAUUCUUACCUAGUUCUUCCUGCCUUCCUUGUACCACUGCCCCUGCCCCCCCCCCCCCCCCACACACACACACACACAUGACUCGUCAUAUCUGCCUUAACCAAUAAUGUCCCAGGCCAAAUGGAGCGGUCAUCUUGGUGACUUGACCUUUCUGUCCCCAAGUGGGGCUUGGGGGACGGGAGAGGGAAGGGGCUGGGGACCAGGGCUCCCGGCCCCCAUUGUACCAUAUAAAUAUGUAUAUGUGUAUAUAGAUUUUUAGAGGAAAGGGGCAGGGAGGUUGAAAGGGUGGGAAGUCACUCCUUCUGCCUCUUCGGGGCCCAGGACCUGAGGGGUAAAGGAGGUUGGGAUGGGAAAGGAUUUUUACAUUUUUUAAAUUGCUAUUUUCUGAAAGGAACAAGGGAGACUUGGGGAUGCCAGUUCUUCAUCCCCCUGCUCCACUCUGUCUCCGGCCCCACCAGUCUUGGAGCUAAGUCUGGUUCUCCCUUAGUUUCCAUAUAUUCCCUGGUGGUUAAUUUGGCUGAAAGCUUUGUUUGCAGCCCCCAAGGGGGAUGGAGUUGAGGGUCACUGGGAUCUCCAUCUCCCUCUCUAAGCCCUGCUAUGGGGAUGGAAGGUGGUGGGAACGGUUCAUCCCCCAACAUAAGUGCAACUCAAUGUCUGCUUCUGUCUGUCCACUCUCUAGAUGCCCCUUGCUUUGGGUUUGGCUUAAGGUGACUCUGGGAAUCUCCCUUAUGCCCUGGGUGAUCUUUCUCUCCCAGCAGACUCCUGGUCCCCAAAGUCACCCCACAGAGCUACUAGGAUAUCAAAAGUUCUGGUAGCCAGACCAAACUUUGCUUCUAGUGCCAACCUAAGCCAUACAGCCCAUGCCCCUAAUUCCUCUCUGUUUGCUCAUUGAAGGUAGCUCCCUGGAAAUCCAGAGCCUGUGCCCACUCCCCCCGACCCUGAUCCACUUGGUUCUAAGACAGACCCAAAGUUUGGCCCAUUGGACUCUUCCGGUGCCAAGGGGAGCCAGGCUCUUAAGACAUAUUAGAGUGUUUUCUUAUUCCUCUUAAGGAGCUAGAGUGGUGAGCAGGGAAGACUGGGCAGGGUUGGUGUAGGGUCUAUCUCCAAAUAAGUGCCUUUUGUGGGACCCUGGUGUGAUGGGCGUUCCCUUAAACUAUAAAAGAGAAAACCAGAUCCUUCCCAAUCAAC